UACCGGAUGUCUCUAUAAACUGAGUCUGAUUAAGUGAACAACAACUGGACGUAUUGACAUUGAGUCAUUAGUUCUUAGCGCAAUAGACUCGGAGCGUGUUAAGGUCCCAUUGUAGUACUGUCAAUAUGACGUAACUUCUAACGUAACGACCCAGACCGCCAACAAUGAGGGUAUAUAAGCGGAAGGACAGUGAGCAUCCUUCACCAAUCGGUCAGACACGAUCCAAACCAACCAUGCUGAAGACAGUUGCUAUCCUGUUGCUAGGCGCCCUGGCCGCCAACGCACAGUGGAACGGCAAUGACAACGAUGAAUGGGGCUACUACAGAGGCGGUAUUGGCCAGGGAGGAAUCAGCGGUGGUAAGGGAAAGGGCUACUUCUCCGGAAUCGGCAGCAAACUCAUUGGAGGUUCCGGAAUCGGUGGUGGUUAUGGAAAGGGUUACGGAUCAGGAAUCGGAGGUGGACUCAGUGGAGGUUACGGAAUCGGUGGUGGUUACGGAAAGGGUUACGGAUCCGGAAUUAUCGGAGGUUCCGCAAUCGGCGGUGGUUACGGAUCCGGAAUAAUUGGAGGUUCCGGAAUCGGCGGUGGUUACGGAAAGGGUUAUGGAUCAGGCAUUAUCGGAGGUUCCGCAAUCGGCGGUGGUUACGGAUCCGGAAUAAUUGGAGGUUCCGGAAUCGGCGGUGGUUACGGAAAGGGUUACGAAUCCGGCAUAAUUGGAGGUUCCGGCAUUGGCGAUGGUUAUGGAAAAGGUUACGGAUCCGGAAUUAUUGGAGGUUCCGGAAUCGGCGGUGGUUACGGAAAGGGUUACGGUUCCGGAAUUAUUGGAGGUUCCGGCAUUGGCGGUGGUUAUGGAAAAGGUUACGGAUCCGGAAUUAUUGGAGGUUCCGGAAUCGGCGGUGGUUACGGUAAGGGUUACGGAUCCGGAAUUAUUGGAGGUUCCGGCAUUGGCGGUGGUUAUGGAAAAGGUUACGGAUCCGGAAUUAUCGGAGGUUCCGGAAUCGGCGGUGGUUACGGAAAAGGUUACGGAUCCGGAAUAAUUGGAGGUUUAAGCAUCGGCGGUGGUUACGGAAAGAGCUUCGGAUCCGGAUUUGGCGGCAAAUUCAUCGGAGGUUACUACGGAAAUGACAACGAUUUUUAAGGAUAUAACAAAUGAGCCGAACUUGUAAUACGGGAAGUCCGUUGGCAAAUAUUAAUCGUCGAUUAAUUUGUUUAUGACGAUAAUAUG